UUUCAGUGUGGUGAAAUUAGCGGCGCGGCUUGACAGAAAAAUUUUUGCGCCUUUAUCUAUAAAAAUCCUAGGUGUUGUUGAGGAGAAAUACUUUUAGCGUUACCUACAGAGAAUUAUUACGUGAAUCACCGACGGGGAUCCCCGAAUACUUUAGCGAGAAAGCAGCAUGUUUGGCGGUACGAAACCUCCUUUUGGAGCUGGCACUGGAGCCACUGGUUUCGGUUUCACCAGCACACCGACAGCCACGCCAUUUGGCCAGUCGGCCUUUGGGAAGCCAGCAGCGCCAGCGUUUGGUAGCACUUCUGCCUUUGGAGCCCAGCCAACGCAACCUUCAUUGUUUGGUGCAGCAGCGACACCAGCUCAGCCCACGGCCGGACUCUUUGGUGGAGCAACAACAUCUAGCGCCUUUGGCAGCACAACAACAACUCCCAGCACAUUUGGAGCAUUUGCGCAGCCGCAGCAGUCAUCGAAUAUAUUUGGUGCCAAUCAAGCCCAGCCGAACACAUCUCUUUUUGGGCAAGCGGCCGCUCCAGCAUUCGGAGCUGCUAAGCCCGCCGGUCUGGGCAUGGGCGCGUUUAGCCAAUCUGCGGCUGCUCAGCCGACAUCGUUGUUUGGUCAGCAAGCACCCGUGACUAGCACCCCAGGAUUCGGUAGCUUUGGUCAGGCGGCUCCAGCAACAACAACGAAUGUAUUUGGCAGUGGAGCGGCCUCGGCUUUUGCCCAGCCGCAGACACCCGCCGUAGGUGCCGCCGGCGUCAAUCCUGGCACAGCAGUGGCCAAGUACUCGCCAUCAAUUGGCACCGACACCCUAAUGAAAGGUGGCCAGCCCAACAAUGUCAAUACUAAACAGCAUUGCAUCACAGCAAUGAAGGAAUAUGAACUGAAAUCGCUGGAAGAGCUCCGCUUGGAGGACUAUUUAAAUGGACGCAAAGGCCCACAAGCAGGCACUGCACCUGGCACCGGGUUUGGUUUUGGCAAUGCAACAGCAGCAACUCAGCCAGCGGCUGGUGGUUUAUUCGGAAGCACGGCGCAACCGGCCUCGACAGGUCUGUUUGGUCAAGCUGCAACAGAAAAUAAGGGUCUGUUUGGUGCAUCGACUUUUGGCCAACCUGCAACUAGCAGCGCUUUUGGUGCUCCUGCCCAGCAAAAUAGUUUUCUUCAGAAACCAUUUGGAGCAGCGACAAAUACGGGUUUUGCGGCUCCCGCGGCGGAUGCUUCCAAUCCAUUCGGAGCAAAGCCCGCUUUUGGUCAAGGCAGCACUCUUUUCGGACAGACUCCCGCCACAAGUGCAGCGCCCGCUUUUGGACAGACAAAUACUGGCUUUGGAGGAUUUGGGACCACAGCUGCUGGGACCCAGCAGACGUCUCUUUUUGGUGCUCCGGCAGGCAAUGAUCCAAACAAAUCCGCCUUUGGAUUAGGUGCAACGGGAACUGCUACCUCAACAGGAUUUGGUGGUUUCGGCACCACUGCCACCAGUACAGCCGUCGCCGGUGGUGGAUUGUUUGGCGCCAAGCCGGCGACUAGUUUUGCGACACCAGCUUUUGGUGCGACUUCAACAGCUAAUACGGGAUUCGGAGGUGCUUUUGGCAUGAGUAAUCCUGUCGCAGGCACCGCUGGCGUUGGAACUGGCGGUGGCCUUUUUAACUCAACGCUGAAUAAACCGGCAACAUCGGCAUUUGGUGGUUUUGGGACUACAGCUGCUGCUCCUCUUAACUUCAAUGCUGGCAAUACGGGAGGAUCGCUCUUUGGGAACGCCGCCAAACCUGGUGGCGGGCUCUUUGGAGGAGGCACCACAUUAGGUGGCACAGCUGCGGCGCCCAUUGGCGGUGGCUUCUUUGGUGGCGCCGCGUCUACUGGAUUUGGAAACACAGGCGGAUCUCUAGGUGGCAGCUUUGGUACUUUGGGUGGCAAUACAGGACUGCAAGGUGGACUAAUUGGCAGUCAGCCAUCUAUGGGCAUAUCAAUGGCAUCCCAACAACCCAUCCAUCAACAAAUCUUGGCGAAGGUGACCUCUCCAUAUGGCGACACGCCAAUUUUCAAGGAUCUAAAGCAAAGCGAUGCAGAUCCAACAAGAGCCACCAAUCCCGCUGCCCAACAGGCUGUGCUGGAUAUGAGUAGCAAUCAGUUUAAGAUUUCGACUAAGGAGAACCAGGCGCAUGUGAAAGUUAAAGCCAUGGGCAGCUCAGUCAAUCGGAAGGCACUCUUCGAUGGACUUGAGGAGUUCGAUGCCAGCGUUGAGGGUUUCAAUCUAAAGCCAAACGCCAAGCGAUUGGUUAUCAAACCAAAAGAGAAGUCCAUGGAUACAAAUUCUCUUGGAACCACUUCAGCCCCGAAUACGCCAAGGGUACGGGGUGGCGAUGGUAAACCGUCCAAUAGGUCGAUCAGUGAACGAGAUUCCUUUUCAGGAGUCAUUCCCCCUGAGCCGUCUCCGUCCACUCUGGCUGCUGAUGCUGCUCUUCAUCAGGACCAAACUCGUCGUGAAUCCUGGUUGCAUCCUAAUAACUUGGAGAAAGUGCGACAACAGAAUAUUCAAGCUGGCCAUUUGGAUCGUUCUGGUUCACCUCUCAAUAGUACGGUUACUGAGCUGGUGCCCCGCAAACCAUUGGAUACCUAUCGCCCAUCGUCCACAGUGCGUCUAUCAGUAUCUACCAUACCGGAAAAUUCAUUUGAAGAUCAGGCCAGUGCCAUAGCCAGACGGGAUACUUACCUAACGGACCAGGCCAGUGAGAGUUUAAGCCGUUCCCAGGAAGGGGAAAAGCUGACAAAUCUCUCUCGUCCGGCCAUUGAGGCAGAGUCAGAGGAACCGCAUCCUACUGGAAUCGUGCUAAAACGUGCGGGCUACUAUACCAUUCCGUCUCUGGAUGAUCUUAAGUCAUAUUUAUCAGAGGAUGGUUCCUGUGUGGUGCCUAAUUUCACUGUAGGAAGAGAAGGAUAUGGCAAUGUCUAUUUUGGCAAAGAGAUUGAUGUCGCUGGACUCAAUUUAGAUGAGAUAGUUCAUUUCCGUAAUAAGGAAAUCAUUGUUUAUCCGGAUGAUGAGAAUAAACCGCCAUUUGGAGAAGGCCUAAAUCGGGAUGCUCAAGUUACCUUGGAUCAGGUUUGGCCAUUGGAUAAGACCGUACAUGAAGCCAUCAAGGAUUCUCAACGUCUCAUCGAAAUGGAUUGGGAGGGAAAACUGCGUCGAGUCUGCGACAAGAAUGAGACACGUUUCAUUGAAUAUCGCCCGGAGACAGGUAGCUGGGUUUUUCGUGUGAAGCAUUUUUCCAAAUACGGCCUAAACGACACCGACGAAGAAGACGAAUUGGAAACUGUGCCCACCGAUCCCAAAAAAGCAAAAAUUACUGCAUUCGACGAACAGCAGCAACAGCAGAAGAACAAAAUGACUUUGGCUUCAUUGCGACAGGCCCAAAGAAUAUCUGAGGAGGCGGCACGCUCUCUCGAUCCAAAGAAUCUUGUAAAUUCUGUCUCCAACUUCAGUUUUCGCCCCAUGGACGAAUCGGCCGAGUUCCUCCAUAUGGAUAAGACUCAGUUUUUCCAAGCUGGCAUUGCUUCGGAUUUUUCCAUGUUUGAUGCUCCAGCAACACGUUUUCGUUCAGUGACAAGCCCCACGGCCAUUUUGGCUGAAGAUGUGGUAGGCAACGAACCACACAAGAUGCAGCUAAUGAAAUCCUCUCUAUUUGCUGAGGAAGAACAAGCACCAGUCGAACGAUCGAAGCGUCAAUUGUCAUACAACUUUUUUAAACCAGAUCUAAUGGCCUGGAAGGAUCCGACAGCAGCCUCAGAGUCGGAUUGCUUGCCUGUCUCAUCGUCAGUCUCGGUGGCUAGUCUGAUGCGGGAUGGGGAUGUGGAGGCAUCAGAGGAUGCCUCAUCUAUGGCCACAGCGGAGAGUGGAACAGAGAAAGAAGUGGCUAUAGUAAAGCCCUUCAAUUUUGUUUGCAAGCCCAAGGUGGCGCCACGCAAAAUGUUAUCCUCAAUAGUUCCAUUGGACCGUUCCAUUGCCAAUGAACUGAACCGGCAUUGGAUAGCGGACUUGGGUUUUUAUCGGGGACGCAGUUUUAAAUUGAGUUUUGGUCCUCAGAAUACGAUAAUGGUGCCAAAUACUUACAACAAUAUGCGUCGCAUUAAGGAAGACACUGGUCGGGCUGCUUUGCCUGCUUCGUUGAUCUUUGCCAGCCGCUUGCGAAACGACUUUUCGAACAAUAUUUUGCAAUUUGUACAAUUCAACACGGUAAACGGAUGUAAGAACUUUGCCGAUACCAUUGUGCCUCAUUUGGAGGCACAAUUACGUCAUUGCAUUUGUGAGCAGGUCCCUGACAGCGAUUGCCCAUGGCUGCAGGCAGAUUGUGGCACUGCUUUGAUUGCCCAGCACUUAGGCGAGGCUAACAAAAUGAUUAGUUUUGGCCCGACAGAAGGCUAUGCCGUUUCCGUUUGGUCACUCCUAUUUGCACUGUGGGGUGAUCACGAGGAGCUUGUUGAUCUGAAUGUUAACUCUCAUUAUAUGGUUGUAUGUCGGCGUAAUUUACUUUCCGAGUGGCUGGAGAAUACAUUGGUUAGCGAAGAUUUGCUUUCGAAGAAGAUUACCAAGAAUGGUUACUUGGAACACAUGCUGGAUCUGCUUAGAUGUCAUCGAGUGAGCGAGGCUUGCGAGUUGGCAUUCAACUAUGACGAUGCCAAUUUGGCUCUAAUACUGGCCCAGUUGAGUUCUGGGCCCGUUUUCCGAUUACUCGUUGAGGAGCAACUCCUCGCUUGGCAACACAGCAAAGCGGACAAAUAUAUUAACAUAGAUCGCCUAAAAAUGUACAUGCUGGCGGCUGGUGUGCCACUCAUGCUGUCCUCUCAAGGUGCCAUAAAUCUUAUGGAGGAUAACAACUGGCUGACUGUGCUGGCCCUUCAAUUGUGGUACUUUACGGCACCAACCUCUUCGAUAACAGAUUCCCUGCGAGCCUACGACAACGCCUUUAAGUCAGAUGAGGGCUUCGCCGAGCCGCCCAUUCCCAGCUAUAAGGGGGCCCCUACGGCGGCCACUUGCGGCGAUAAACCAAUCUAUGAUCUGCGCUACCAUCUGCUGCAGCUCCACUCGAAGCGUUCACAUUCAAUGGAAGCUACUCUAAAUCCCAUAACUCACACUGCUGAUCCAAUGGACUUCCGUCUUAGCUGGCUUGUAUUGCAAACACUUAUGGCCCUGGGAUAUCGUCACUGCAGCGAGCUAAGCGAAUCGCGUCUGCAUGUUGAAUUUGCUAGCCAGUUGGAAAACGAAGGGCUCUGGCAUUGGGGCGUCUUCGUGUUGCUCCACAUAAGAAACCGCAAUAAACGAGAACGAGCUGUCCAGGAGAUGCUUCAGCGUAAUAUUACCGACUCUAGUCAAGAAGUCGGUCACUGCGACAGAGAGCGGUUUGUAAUACGGGAAUUGGGUGUUCCCGAGACCUGGGUAGAUUAUGCUAAGGCUAUUAGUGCUGGAGCGUCUGGUCAACGACAUAUGCAGGCGAAAUAUUUGCUUAAGGCAAAGCAUUGGAUGGAGGCCCAUGACGUCAUUUACGAGUACCUUGCUCCCGACGCUAUCAUUAAUAACAAACUGGAUUAUUUGCAUAGCAUGCUCAGCCAGUUUGAAUGCUCGCAACAGGUCAAGGUGCCCAACUGGGCCAAUCAGGGACAGAUAUUCCUGGACUUUAUCGAUAUUAGUGCCAAAUUCAAACAAAUAUCGAAUGUGAACAAUAUUGCGGAUAUUCACGCGCGAUGGGAAAACCUAAAGCCGCAGUUGAGUGAUCUUUGUUCGCGGAUUAGCUUGUUGCCCUGUCCCACGGCUAAGCAUCGUUUGUGCCAGAGUGAAAUAUCGGAGAACCUAAGCUGUCUCGUUCGUGGCAUGUGCAUUGUCUGUCCAGAGAUGGAGUCUUGCUCAAUUCUGCGAGUUGCGCUCGAACGUCUACCCCUGCCGCAGGAGUUUUCGAAAAAAGAUUUGCGUAUUCUGCUCGAAGAAUGGCUCGACAAUAUUGACGGGAGCGUUAAUUAACGAAUAAACACACACACACAAGACACAAAGAGGAUAUAGCAGUUAAGGUAUCAAUUAACUUUAGAUAAUAUUUCCAUUUAGUCUAUUAGAACUAAACUUAAGUAUUAUUUUUCAAUCGAUUAUGCAUAAAAACGAAGUUAUCAUCUAUUAAACAAGGGAUACAAUGGUUAUAAACACAGACAUAUGAUAGAUAAUCGUUUUUACUUCCAUGUGUAUCCCAUUUCCCACAUCAAAAAUAAUCAUCAUUAUAUUUUUGUUAAUUAAAUUAAUUUUUGUUUCAACCAUUGUAAUAAACGCAAAUUUUUAAGUAAUAUCCUUGCAAUGCUAAAAACUUAAA